CUGGACAAAGACAGAAGAAUCAAUUAAAACGACAGCGUAUUCUCUCGUUGAGCUAGAAUAUUCAACAAAACGCCCCGCUUUACGGGCAAACUGGGGUCCCACCAGCUUCUUCCUCGUUUCAACAUGGACACUAAAGUCUAAAACACUCAAUCAUUAGACAAUAGGACAAAAACCUCGUGUUUAUCAACAAAAAGAAUUUACAGGUGAUUUUGUCCGGCGAUGUCUUCGUCGCCGCCGUCCCCUUCGCCUGCCGCGUCACCACCUCCGCCACCUCCCACUAACAGUACCGGUUCAGCGUCUCCGCCGACCAACUCUACGACUCCGGCGGCGAGUACUCCAACUAAUGGAUCGAAUCCGGCGAUUCCCGUCCCGCUGCCGGCUCCUAAUGGCCUGCCUCCGGGGGCGAUCGCGGGGCUUGUGGUAGGGGUGGUGAUAGGCGGUGCAAUUGUUUUAGCUGCUGUGGGCAUUUUCGUCCUUUUCUACAGAAGGAGAAAGCGGAAGCUUGCAGCUCAAAAUCUUCCUCAACAGGGGCCCAAAACAAUUUGUUUGUUUACUUCGGCUAAAAUUAGAAGUACUUGAGAAUAAUAGAGUGGUGCUAUGGAAGCAUUGCUACUAUCUCCUGCUUAAUGGGAAGAGCUGAGUUGCUUGACCUUGAUUUGUAUUUGAUUUUUUUUUUUUUUUUUUUUUUUGUUUUUUUGUUUUUUGUUUGCUUGAUCAAUUACUUCUGAGGAGUUAGGUAGUAAGGUCGCAUUCAUGUUAUGUGCCAUGAUGAUUUUUACAAUUAAAACUGCAAUUUUUUUGGCUCGCAACUUUUGUAUUGAUUACCUGUAGCAAUUUUUUUCUGGGAAAGAGUCGGUAAUUGGUCGUAAUAUUAUUUGGUGUGGGGCUAAACAGCUAUAAAUGAUAGCGACCAAGAUCAGAUUGUUUGUCAGUAUGUUCCUCAAAUGACAUAGUACUGGAGACCCAUUAAAAACUUUGCAUGUGGAUUCAGUGAAGAAUUAUGGUGAAAUUAAUUUUUACCAUUUUAUUUGUGCAGAAAACUUGGUGAAAAAUCCAAGUUUUGAAGAAGGUCCAUAUGUGUUUCCCAACACAUCUUGGGGUGUCCUAAUCCCACCCAACAUUGAAGACGACCACUCUCCAUUACCAGGCUGGAUGGUUGAAUCCUUGAAAGCUGUCAAGUACAUAGACGCCGAGCAUUUCUCAGUC